UGUGGUUCGUUUUUGUCUCAUAGGUGUAAAUAUCUGUUCAGAGGACACAGAGAGAGCUGGAAGGACAACAUGCGCCCUCUCAGAAAUUACUUGAGCUUCUUUUAGUUAAGUAGUUUUUUUUCCCUGUCUUCUCCCCUCCCUGCUGUCCUCUUUAUUGAUGAUAAACUCAAGUGAAAGCGGCCGAUCGGUCUGAGCAGGUUCUGCUGCUGUCAAACUUCACUUGACAUGGAUUAUUUGCACCGACGGACGCACUAGAAACUUUCUUUUYCUAAUCAUUUGUUUUUUAAAUCACUGAUUCACCGACUGGCGGCAACAGAAGGGACUUGCUGCUGUUCCAGUUGCUUUUAACUGUUUGCUUUUGAGAAGAUAAAGACAUGCAGAAGUUGAAUUCGAGCGGGACGCACUGUAACACGCUGCCCCGGGACGCGGAGCUGCAGCUGCGGCUGGCGGACAGCGGAGGGUCCGGGGAAGGGAAGGAGAACGGAGCGGGGGCACAGUUUCUGCCCCGGACUGAGGAAGGGGGCUCGUUUUGCACCAAGAGGAGGAUGCUUGUCGGUUUGGAUGUAAUAUGUCUCUGUGUUGCCUCCAUUCCAUUUUUUGCGUGUGAAUUGAAGGCAGUGACGCCGUAUAAGCGAGGGUUUUUCUGUGGAGACACCACMAUCACCUAUCCCUAUCUGGAGCAGGAGGCUAUCCCUGACACACUGCUCACUGCUGGAGGCAUAGUCAUCACAGGCUUAACAAUUGCAUUCGGUGAAUGCUACCGUGUGCGUUUUCGAGGGGUACACUCACGUGCUUUUGUUCAAAACCGCUAUGUGUCGUGCCUGUACAAGGAACUAGGAAGCUUCCUGUUUGGUUGCUCUGUGUGCCAGUCUCUCACGAAUAUGGCCAAGCUGAGCGUGGGCCGCCUGCGACCGUACUUCCUCUCUGUGUGUAAUGUCACCUAUGCAUCUAUUAACUGCGUCCCGGGCCAAUACGUCUCACAGGUCUCCUGCAGGCAGCCCGACCUGAAGCUGGUGGAGGAGGCAAGGAAGUCUUUUUUCUCUGGCCAUGCUUCCUUUGCAAUGUACACCAUGCUCUAUUUGGUGUUCUACCUUCAGGCCAGGCUAUCGUGGCGAGGAGCUCGGUUAGUGCGCCCACUAGUCCAGUUCCUACUGGUGAUACUAGCUAUCUACACCGGCCUGAGCCGUAUCUCUGACUACCGUCACCACCCCACCGACGUCCUCACUGGCUUCAUCCAAGGGGGGCUCACUGCAUACUGGGUGGCUUUUUUCAUCUCCUCCAUGUUUAAGCCCUGCGCCCGUCCAGAACUGUCUCCCACGAGCACGUCCCUGGAGAGUCCGCUGUCCAGUCAGCAAACCGUCUGCUAGCGGGCGCGAGCAAUCAUUUCACAAAUCAGAAGAGAAGAAAAGUAAAGAUGGACGGCAAUCCAACGGGAGGAAAAGCACAGGAACUCCAGUAGAGUAUAAGAAAGGGAAUCGUUCUGAGAGAAGGAUUUGAUAGAAGAGUACAAUCUAACGAAUGCUUACACAUUCUGGCACACUGAUGCUGCCCCACGUUUAUUUAAUGUAUUCAUUGGGGAUGUCUCAAUCAAGAUUUUUCUUAUAGCUUCAACAGCAACCCUGCCGCAAACAACUAUUUUCUUUUUUUUUCUUUUCUUUUUUUGUUUAACUGAACAGCCUGGGACAUGCCUAAUUUUAAUGCAGGUGAAAUUCAGAGAGCACAUAUAGAAACAUGCCCAGGAAAAGAACACAGCGUAUUGUUUCAUAUAGUAUAUACACACACAUAUAUAAAUAUAUUUUUAUGUGAACUUAAAAGAACAACAAUGCUACUUUCAAGAUGAUUUUUUUAUAAGCUGCUAAUGUUGAAAGUUUCCUCCUGGCGUGGAAGCAUCCGGUUUAGAUUUCAGAGCACAUCGUUGGGUUUUGGUGUUCAAUGAGAUAAAAGCCAGCCUUCUCUUUUUUUUUUACCUCCCCGAUCAGUUUGGAAAGCAGCAACCAGCAGCUGUGAACAAAUCCCAGCUGUAAGGAAAUCAACAGAAUAAGCGCUUGCUUCAACUUUUAACAAUCUUUACCUCCAGAGCCUCUGUUCUAAUCAGACUGCCCUGCAUUACCGUUGACUAUGACCUGUGUGUAAGCAGAAAAAAAGUCAGUAUUCAUGCUGUAAAACAAUGUUAUCAUUUUUCUUUUAAAUAACUGAGGUAGGGAGUGGAAAGAAUCUAACCCUUCUUCCACUCUUCCAUUUUAUUUUUUUCUGUACUAACCACUUUUCUCAGAGGUGGAGGUUUGACUGAAUUUUUGUAACUUCUGACUUUUGCCCCUGGCCUCAAAUCUCUGAGCUGCACCUUGAUUUAUGCCACUAAGGCAGGAGACGUUUGACUGCAACCCAGCUGCCCUCCUGUGCAUCGUAAUUAAUAGCACUUGAACGUAGAUAAUGGAACUUUCUAAUUUUAAUCAAUUUUAUAUAUUUUAUCACGUUGAAAUAAUCAGUGUUUUAUUUUCUGUUAAUUUCAGACUCAUACUUUGUAUUUUUUGUGAAAGUUUUUUUUUCAAACUGUAUGUAAAUAGUUAUAUGAACCACACAGAAUUUAAAAGUAUUAGUUCAGACUAUUGGACAGAUUUGUUUCAUGUUUGUGUUAGUGUGUUUGCAGGUGCAAAAAUACACUUUUGUACCUGUUGUAACAACUAGACUGAGCCACAAAUAUUAUCAGAAAGCUAUAUUUUUUUUGUGUUCCAGUAAUUAUUUGUUUGUUUUGUCUGUGAAUGCCACAAAGGCAGAAAUAACCACUGUACUCAAACAACCAAACCAUUAAAGUGAAUGUUAAAUAUUUCA